AUGAUCAGUCCACGUGCUGUUGAAGGCAGCAGUACGGAGACGAUAGAAUUACGGUCGAGGAAUGCUAAUAAGAACAAUGGAGAAAAUCGAAAUCGAUGGGACAAGACAAUGAAUGGCAAUAAAAUUAUUAUCGAGAAGAAAUUAAGGCCAGGUGAUAAUUUAAACAAAAUUGCCGUGCAGUAUUCCGUUUCGCUGUCGGACUUGAAAAGGGUCAACAACAUCGUUUCUGAACAGGAUAUUUAUGCUAUGCCAUUUGUCAAAAUCCCAGUGAGCAAAUUCCGAAAGGAACUGGAUUUGGAACAUGGAAGUCAUUUAUUAGGUAACAAUAGCCGUGGCGAACUGAUGGCGGAGGAAAUGGCUGAUGAUAGGCCUCUUUUGAGUAGAAAUGAUUUAUCUGAUAAAAGGGUCGAGGAGUUGUUUGAGAAAACAGAUGCUUAUGUUGCACAAAUACGGGAUAAUUUGUCAGUUGAAAAUACGGAUGGUGCUGUUCAUUUCGUAGAUGCAAGAUCUCCUGACACUACUUUUAAGGGACUUUGGUUCAUUGUGGUAUUCGUCAUUUUCAUAUUCAUCUUUGUACCGCUAAUACUGACAUUUGUGGAAGAAGAACGAAAGACUUCUCAUGUUGCCAAGAAAAAUUUUAUCAAAAAUUGA